UCCAAAUGGGUUUACAAACUGAAAUAUAAACCAGAUGGUAGCAUUGAUCGACAUAAAGCACGUCUUGUGGCACGCGGUUUCACUCAGCAAUAUGGGGAAGAUUAUGAUGAAACAUUCAGUCAUGUUAUCAAGAUGGGCACAAUACGUGUGAUUAUUUCUCUUGCAGUCUCAUAUGGAUGACCUUUUUACCAGUUAGACGUCAAAAAUGCUUUUCUUCAUGGGAUUCUUAAGGAAGAGGUAUACAUGGAGCAACCUCUCGGCUAUACUACUCAUGAUCCUCACAAAUGGGUUUGUAAGUUACAUAAGUUUUUAUAUGGGCUGAAGCAAGCUUCUAGAUCAUGGUUCGAUCGGUUUUCUCAUCAUAUACAACAAGUUGGUUUUCUACGAAGCUCUCUCGAUCAUUCCUUGUUUAUAUAUCAUACCGGAGAAACUACCACUUGGUUACUUAUAUAUGUAGAUGAUAUUGUUAUAAUUGGGAGUUCUUCACAUAUAUCUUAUGUUAAGGGUAUGUUACAGCAAGAAUUUAAGAUGAAGGAUCUCGGCGAACUACGGUACUUCUUGGGUGUUGAACUUGACAGGACGAAUGAUCGAUUGACUCUUACGCAGCAUAAGUAUACCCUUGAUAUUUUGGACAGGGCAGGUAUGAUUAAUUGCAAACCUAUAACUACUCCUAGUGUUCUGAACACUAAAUUGGCUGCCUCUGAUGGAACCGCUGCCUAUUCAAAUCCUACCUUCUAUCGCAGCAUUGUUGGUAUGUUACAAUACCUCACUUUUACUCGCCCAGACAUAGUAUAUGUUGUAAGUCAGAUCUCUCAAUUUAUGCAUGCACCCACAGAAGGACAUGUGGAUGCCGCUAAGUGGAUCUUACGGUAUCUCAAAGCUACUCUUGGGGAUGGACUGGUCUAUACAAAGUGUCCCAAUGUUACUCUUGGACAUAGCAUAUAUACUUAUAGUGAUGUAGACUGGGCAGGAGAUCCCGAUGACCGACGCUCAGUUUCAGGUUUCUGUCUUUUUCUUGAUUCUAAUCUCAUUUGUUGGAGCAGUAAAAAGUAACGUGCAGUUGCACGAUCCAGCACUGAGGCAGAGUAUAGAGCAAUGGCCGCAGGGACAGCUGAGGCAUCAUGGUUACGGCAUUUGCUUGGAGUGCUCAAUCUUUCGAUUGUUCAGUCAUCAUUACUAUGUGACAAUCAAAGCGCAAUCAAAAUUGCCUACAACCCCAUUUUGCAUAAUCGUACCAAACACAUUGAGAUUGAUCAACAUUUCAUUCGUCAGAAGGUUGAAGAAGCCGAGAUCUUGCCUACUUAUAUAUCCACCAGUGAACAGAUAGCGGAUUUUUUACCAAAGGACUCACAGGGCAGCACUUUUGGGAUUUGAAAAACAAGUUGUGUAUGAUCAAAUCUCAUGCACAACUUGAGGGGGGCUGUUAAGUCUGUAUGUAUAAGGGAUCGGGUCUGUUCAGACCCGAUCCACUUUUUUUCUAACUUCACGCCUAAACAUAUUAGGUGGUGGUAUCUCUUGUAAUUACUUCAUGUUUUUAUUCCUUUUUUGUUGUAACCUGAUUAGGUCAUGUUAAUAAUAGAGAUCAAGACGCUGUAUUGGCCGACAGCAUUCUUUCCUUCAUUGCUUCCCUUCUAUUCUCUAUUCUCAAUCCCUCUUAUUUUCAGACGCAGAGACGUGUUUUUGUGGCAUUUUGUGAAGAUUCUUACAGAAAUAGGUCCACUUAAUUAUUGUCUUAUGUUUAGUGGACUAAUUUUGUAAAAUUGGUAACACACCCUAGUCUCAUAUUAAUAUGAGAUUAGGGUUACGUGAAGAAUAAAGAAAAGUUUCCUCUCUCUCUCUCGUCCUCUCACAUUCUCCCUGUAUCUCUCUUGCCCCUUUCUUCUUCCAAUAAUCAACAUGGUAUCAGAGCCAUGAACCUAGGGCUGUACAAUCUAGGGCUUGUGUGGUUGUUGGAGUAGUUGAGUAGCAAAAAAAAAAAAAGAGAAAACAAAUCUAAUGCUGUCGUUCAUAUCCAAAUAAUGAUGGUGUUUGACCAGAUGAUGCGGCUGCAUGGUGAAUCAGAUCAUAAUGGUUCAGAUCUGACCUAUUGCCUGCAUGGAAGAAGAUCAGACCAGUAGUGGAUCAGACCAGAACGUUUCAGAUCUGACCUAGUGGCUGUCGUGGAAAAGAUGAGAUGUUUCAGAUCUGACCUAUCUGAUGCCGUGGAAAAAGAUCAGACAAUUGAUCGUCUGAUCGAUUAGGAUAAUCAGAUAUGUUUGGUACCUGGUGGAUCAUAACAGGCAAAGGUACGUUGUCUUGGCAAAUCUGUGUGUGUUUAAUGCCACAGGCCUGAAAUCGUGUGAAGUUAAUGAAUAGUCGAAGUUGCAUGGAGCUGACCAGUUGUGGUGGGAUUUACUGUCAGAUCUGUGUGCUUGAAUUGAUGCCUGCUACCUUAUCUGAAAAUAGAUUGCUGAAUAUUUUCUGCCUGCUAUCGUCUGAAAAUCUGUUGCUUGCUGUCAUUUGAAAAUUUGAUACUUGCUGUCUGGUUUGUGUUCAACCUGCUGCACGUUCCUUGGCUGUAGUCUUUGUGCUUUAUCAUAUUGGUUUUCUACUAUGGCUGACAGUAGUAGAUUAGAAGGUUCCAAUGAAUACAAGAUGGCUGAGAACUCUUUUUCGUAUGGAACCACAAUCAAACUCGAUGGUUCGAAUUAUGAGAUAUGGUCUAGAGUUUUUAUGAUGUCCGUGGCUGGCCAUAAAAAAAAAUAUGUUAUUGAAGAAGAUGAACCCCUUGAGAAAAAAGGGAAAUAUGCUACGUGGGAUGAAGAUAAUAACAUUGUAAUGGCAUGGAUUAUGAACAGUGUAGAGUCCCGUAUAGCUCCAACAAUUGCAUGCUACACCAAGGCCAAAGAUAUGUGGUCUUUUCUGAAGAAGACGUACUCUCAUGCUAUGAAUGUCAUUAAAAUUUUACAAUUGGAAGAGGAGUUGUGUAACAUACGACAAGAAGAUCAAGAUCUGUCACAAUAUUUUGCUACUUUGACUGCUGCGUAUGAACGGUUAAAAGCUCUUCGCCCACCGUGCAAGCACUGUUAUGCAUCACAUUUUGAAAAUAGUAUGGUAGCAAAGUUUCUGUCUGGAUUACCUUUAGAGUAUUCUGUGGCGAAGUCUCAAAUUCUCACCGGCAGUGAUCUUCCAGACCUAGCAGAUACUUAUAAUAGACUGAGUCGCCUUGCAGUCACUCUUACUCAGGCUACACAUGACACCCCAGUAUCUGCCCUUGUGAUGUCAGGUGGACAUGGCCAUAGUUCCUUUUUUGGAUCUAGGGGACGUGGUACAGGUCAUGGCAGAUUUCAGUGCUCCUAUUUUGGUAAAUUAGGGCACUUAGAGGAUCGAUGUUGGGACAAACAUCCCCACCUACGUUUUGCUGGUCCUCAAGGAUGUGGUGGAGGAAGGACGAAUGCAGGAAAAGGAUCUUCUUCUUCUACUGCGACUUCUUCACAGGUUACGACUUCUAUGGUUGAGUCUCCUACUCGUAUAUCUCCAUUAUAUUCUCUCAACUUAAACAAGGAAGAAUAUGAUCUGGUUCUUGCUCAGAGAUCUACUCCUGCUUCAACUAGCACAACUACCAUAGACUCGGCUUUCUCUGUUGGUGCCCCUACUAGUGACCCAGGACUUACAAACUGAGAAGAUUGGUGGCGGCCAUGAACGGGAGGGGCUCUAUUUCCUCUCUGUCCCUGUCGAUGUUGCUGCAUCCUCCUUCACAUCGAAGCCUUCUCCUUUGCAGUGGCAUCUCAGACUGGGUCAUCCUUCUGUGUCCAAGCUUCGUCGUAUUUUUCCAGAUAUUCCUGCAUCAGAGUCUUUCUUAUGUGAUGCAUGCCAGUUAGGCAAGCAUACACAUAGUAGUUUCCCUUCAAGUCAGAGUCCAUCGAGUCAAAGUUCCUUUGAUCUUCUGCAUGUUGAUGUUUGGGGUCCAAGUCCUGUUCCCUUUCGUUCACGUUUCUGGUAUUACCUUGUUAUGGUUGAUGAUUUUACUAGAGUCAAUUGGGUAUUCUUGUCACGGGACAGGUCUGAAGUCAUUUGUAUUAUUCAGAAAUUUGUCAAUGAAAUAAAAACUCAGUUUGGUGUUAUUGUCAAAAAGAUUCGCACUGAUAAUGAUCUUGAAUUUAAAUCCUUAGUUCUACUUCCAUUCUAUGCCAAUCAUGGGAUUCGCCCACAAUAUACAUGUCCCCACACAUCCCAACAAAAUGGUGUUGCUGAACGCAAACAUCGAUAACUUCUAAACGUGACUCGCACUCUCAUGUUGCAUACUCAUAUGCAUGCAUAUUUUUGGGGUGAUGCUAUUCUUACUGCCUGCUACCUCAUCAACAGAUUGCCCUCGUCUACCAUCCAAGAACGCAUUCUCAUUCAAAUACUAUAUCCAGAUCGACCAUUAUUUCAUGUUCCUCCCAAAGUGUUUGGAUGCACUUGCUUUGUACACAUCUUUGGCCCAAACAAAAACAAACUUGCUGCCCAAGCCAUCAAAUGUGUGUUCAUUGGAUAUCUUGCCAAUCAAAAAAGCUACCGAUGUUUUGAUCCCCAGAACAAGAAAGAGAUUAUCAGUGCGGAUGUUACAUUCUUUGAGUCGCGUUCUUACUUCACAUCAAAUACCACUGUGGCUGAACUCCCCGUGUCUGUUCCUCUUCCUAUUCCCCCAGUAUCACUUGAGUCUAUCCCUUCCUCUCAACCACGUCAUGUGAUCGUUUUCUUAAACCUCCAAUAGUCUAUACUCGGUGUCAAGAUCCCUCUCCCAACCGUUCACCAGAGUUUUCUCAUGAGGUAAGUUCUAAUGAUAAGACUGACUCAGGAAGAAAUGAUGACUAUUCUGCAGAUGAUCUACCCAUUGCCAUUCGCAAGGGCCAGCGACAGUGCACAAGACAUCCUAUCUCUAACUUGGUUUCUAUGGACCAUGUGAGCACGAGUUUGGUACAAUUUGACCGAGCUAUGGAUAGUCAUACUAUUCCAACCUCUCACCACCAAGCCUUGUUAGAUUCACGAUGGAAGCAAGCCAUGCAGGAGGAAAUGGAUGUUCUUCUUUCUAGGGAGACUUAGGACUUGGAGGACCUACCAAUGAA